AUGAAACAGUUGGUGUUGUUUGCGUUGUUUGCAAUCGCCUACGGACGACCUCAGCAGCAUGAUCCACAUCACGAAUCUACGACUUAUAUCCCCAUUUUGAAAUACGAUAAACAACAAGGCGAAGAUGGUAGCUACAGGACAAUCUACCAAACGGGAAAUAAUAUCGUCCACGAAGAGUCUGGUUACCUGAAGGAGGCUUCCGAGGACCAUCCCAACGGUAUAUUAGUGCAACAAGGUGCCUACUCCUACGAAGCACCGAACGGUGAAAUUAUUCAGGUGCAGUACACUGCGGACGAAAAUGGCUUCCGUGUGCAGAGCGACAGCAUACCCACAACCCCGCCAGUUCCGCCAGCAAUCCAGGAGGGACUCAAAGAGAUCUACGAAGGAAUCAAGCGCCGUGAGCAGGAAGCCAAAAACAAUCCCAAAUACGCGGAAGAUGAAGCUAGACGUGCGCAACUUGACUACACUGGCCAAUACUACAACCAAUAG